AUGAUGGACACAAUAGACUCCAUCUCCUCCCAACCCACCGCCGCCACCUCCACGUCUACCUCCACAUCCUCCAGCUCGGGCGUCUACCCGACCCCCUCUCCCCAAUCCCGCAUCAUAGACGACAAAUCCCCGCUCUGCAUCCCCUUCAUCCUCUCCAAGAUCGCCGAGUACAACGCCUUGCACGCAAACGAAGCGAACCCGCGUCCUUUUAUCAUCGGACUGAACGGCGUCCAGGGAGUAGGCAAGACGACGCUGGUCAAAGCCCUGGCCGAGACAUUGCAGGAGAGGGAAGGACUGAAUACGCUGGUUGUAUCGAUUGACGAUUUUUAUCUGACACAUGAGGAUCAACUGAAAUUGGCGGAGGAGAAUAGCGAUAACGCGUUGGUGCAGUAUCGGGGGGAACCUGGAACCCACGACACCCCCCUCCUCCUCUCCUUUCUCUCCUCCAUCAUCUCCUCCCACCCAACGCACCUCCCCCUCUACGACAAAUCCGCCCACCACGGCCUCGGCGACCGCCUACCUGCUUCCACCUUCCCCGCCAUCAACGACCCGAACCUCUCCACCCCACAACACCGCACCAUCCGCGUUCUGCUUCUAGAAGGCUGGCUAACCGGCUUCCGCUCCCUUCCCCCUGCUACCAUCUCCACCAAGUACUUGGACCUCAAAUCCUACAAGACCUUGUCACACCACAAAUUGGAACACCUCCUUUUCAUCAACGAGCGACUGAAAGAGUACGAGCCAGCAUGGGACCAGUUCGAUGCCUUUAUUCAUAUUGACGCGCAAAACUUGGAGUGGGUGUAUGAGUGGCGGCUCGAGCAGGAGGAGCAGUUGCGCCGCGAAAAGGGGACGGGGAUGAGUGCUGAGAUGGUGCGCAAGUUUGUGGAUGGGCAGGGGGUUUUUAAGGGGGACGAAGGGAAGAGGGGACGGCAGUUGAGGAUGGUAGUGGGGAGGGAUAGAGGGGUGGUGGAGCAUAUGGUUAUUUGAGGGAUGGGAGGGAUCGAUGGAAGAUUGGUUGGUGGUUUACUGGUUUAUGGUACUGGUUUGAUUGAUACCCGGAUUGGAGGUUCGUGGCUUGCUGGGAGCGGGA